AUGAUCUUCUCCCCUCUGCUUAUUUUACCUAUAAGUUCUUUCCUUUGUGUACCACUCUUCUCCUCCCACCAACUACUUUUUCUCUCUCACUAUCACUCAUUCUUCUUUUUUGCUCCUCUCUUGUUUUACUUGCCCUCUUUAUCUACUCCUUUUUGUUUCCUCCCCUCCGUCCCGUCUCUCUCCCACCUCCGUCCCGUCUCUCUCCCACCUCCGUCCCGUCCCGUCUCUCUCCCACCUCCGUCCCGUCCGUCUCUCUCCCACCUCCGUCCCGUCCGUCUCUCUCCCACCUCCGUCCCGUCCGUCUCUCUCCCUCCGUCCGUCCGUCUCUCCCACCUCCGUCCGUCCCGUCUCUCUCCCACCUCCGUCCCGUCCCGCCUCUCUCUCUCUCACCUCCGUCCCGCCUCUCUCUCUCUCCCUCCGUCCCGCCUCUCUCUCUCUCCUCCGUCCCGUCUCUCUCUCUCUCCCUCCGUCCCGUCUCUCUCUCCCCCCUCCCCGUCUCUCUCUCACCUCCGUCCCGUCUCUCUCUCACCUCCGUCCCGUCUCUCUCACCUCCGUCCCGUCUCUCUCUCUCUCCUCCGUCCCGUCUCUCUCUCUCUCACCUCCGUCCCGUCCCGUCUCUCUCUCUCACCUCCCGUCCCGUCUCUCUCUCUCUCACCUCCGUCCCGUCCGUCUCUCUCUCUCUCACCUCCGUCCCGUCCCGUCUCUCUCUCUCACCUCCGUCUCGUCUCUCUCUCUCUCUCCCCUCCGUCUCGUCUCUCUCUCUCUCCUCCCUCCGUCUCGUCUCUCUCUCUCUCACCUCCGUCUCGUCUCUCUCUCUCUCACCUCCGUCUCUCUCUCUCUCUCUCUCACCUCCGUCUCUCUCUCUCUCUCUCUCACCUCCGUCUCGUCUCUCUCUCUCACCUCCGUCUCGUCUCUCUCUCUCUCUCCACCUCCGUCUCGUCUCUCUCUCUCUCUCUCACCUCCGUCUCGUCUCUCUCUCUCUCUCACCUCGUCUCGUCUCUCUCACCUCCGUCUCGUCUCUCUCUCCCCUCCGUCUCGUCUCUCUCUCUCUCUCUCACCUCCGUCCCGUCCAUCCCCCCCCCCCUCCGUCCCGUCCCAUCCUGUCUCAUCUCAUCUCAUCUAAUCUCUCUCCCCUCCUUGCCUCGUCUCUCUCUACGCCUCUGUCCCGUCUCCUCUCUCUCUCUCUCUCUCUCCCCUCCGUCUCCUCUCUCCCCUCUCUCUCCCCCCCUCCGUCUCCUCUCUCUCUCCCCCCCGUCCCGUCUCCCUCUCUCUCUCUCCCCUCCGUCCCGUCUCUCUCUCUCUCUCUCCCCUCCGUCCCGUCUCCAUCUCUCUCUCUCUCUCUCCCCUCCAGUCCCGUCUCCUCUCUCUCUCUCUCUCUCCCCUCCGUCCCGUCUCCUCUCUCUCUCUCUCUCUCCCCUCCGUCCGUCUCCUCUCUCUCUCUCUCUCUCCCCCUCCGUCCGUCUCCUCUCUCUCUCUCUCUCCCCCUCCGUCCCGUCUCCUCUCUCUCUCUCUCUCUCUCCCCUCCGUCCCGUCUCCUCUCUCUCUCUCUCUCUCCCCUCCGUCCCGUCUCCUCUCUCUCUCUCUCUCUCUCCCCCCAUCUCCUCUCUCUCUCUCUCUCUCUCCCCUCCGUCCCGUCUCCUCUCUCUCUCUUCUCUUCCCAAUAUCUAA